AGAUCACACCAUCCCUCACCAUCAUCGGGGUGGAAACCUGAGAGAUUUUAAAGUUGAUGUUAAAGAAGAGAUAAAACAGGAGGAUGAUGACGAUGGGGUGAUGAGGGAGCUUUUAGAAGGACACAAGGAUCUCUACAAGGACAUCAUGGUGGAGUCGCCUAAUACCAGGAAGCCACCAGAGAAAUGUCCCCGUCCUCUGUAUUCCCGGGAUUCCACCCAGGAAGGUCACACCAUCCCCCACCAUCAUCAGGGUGAAGAACUGAUACGUAUAAAAGCUGAGAUUAAAGAGGAAGAAGAUGAGGGAUCUGUGACAGGUGAUCCUCGGCCUACUGAGGGAUGUAGAAUGAUGGUGACGGUUAAAGAGGAGGAAUCUUCUGUAGACAUUGGCACAGUAGGUGGACACCAGAUUUUAUCCUUGGAUUAUAAUGUAGAAGACAUUGCAGAAAAUUCUCCAGAAGCAAAGCCCGAUCCUCACAAAAUACACCCUAGACCUUACUGUGUGGAUAGAUCAAUGGAUCCCUCUAAACCUGAAGGUUAUUUUCAUAAGUUCCAUGCUGCUACCAAUGAAAUCCAUCCAGGACUUCCCGUUGCGGAGAGAUCCUUGGAUCCAUCUCAUCCCCCGAGAUCAUCUUUCAGUAAUUUAGACACUUCUUCACACGAAGACGAUAAAACAAUCCUUUGGUCGGAAGUCAAUGAAGGUUUUAGACCACACUCGUCUCUUGGUGUAAAAAAACAAACAAACACGGGUGGGCGUGCGUUUUCAUGUUCGGAGUGUGGGAAAUGUUUCACAUGGAAUGCGGCCCUUCUCAGGCACCAGAAAAGUCACACGGGUGAGCGUCCUUUCCCGUGUUCACAGUGCGGGAAAUGUUUCAAGCACAAAGCAGACCUUCUUAGGCACCAGAGAUAUCACACGGGUGAGCGUCCGUUUUCAUGUUCAGAGUGUGGGAAAUGUUUCACACGUAGAGACGAACUUCUUAUACAUCAGAAAAGCCAUAAGGGUAAGCCUCUCUUUUCCUGCCUAGAAUGUGGGAAAUUUUUUACUUGGAAAGGAGCAUUCCUUAGACACCAGAGGAGUCACGUGGGCAAACGUCCAUUUUUAUGCUCGGAGUGCGGGAAGGGUUUCAUAUGUAAAGCUGACCUUCUUACACACCAACGAAGACAUACUGGUGAGCGGCCCUUUUUAUGCUCAGAGUGCGGUAAAUGUUUCAUUAAGAAAGUAGACCUUCUUACACACCAGAGAAUUCACAAAGAUGAGCGUCCUUUUUCAUGUUCAGAGUGCGGGAAAUGUUUCAAAAAUAAAGCAGACCACCUUAGGCACCAAAGGUGUCACACUGGUGAGCGUCCUUUUUCAUGUUCCGAGUGCGGGAGAUGUUUCAAACAUAAAGCAGACCACCUUAGGCACCAAAGGUGUCACACUGGUGAGCGUCCUUUUUUUUGUUCAGAGUGUGGGAAAUUUUUCUCUCGGAAAGACUACCUUCUUCUACAUCAGAAAAGUCACAUGGCAGAGAAAACUCUUUCUUGUUAAGAGUGCGGGAAAUGUUUCAUCCAGAAGACGGCGCUCGCUAUACAUCAGAGGAGUCAUGUGGAAGAAAAUCGUUUUUAGGUUUUCACUGUGGGGAAUGUUUCAGUUAGAAAAUAUUCAAAUUGUCUACAAAUAAAUACGUGAAAAGUGUGGCGUGUA